AGUACGGACAAGACCAUUCCAAUCUGCUUCAUGCGCCAGCGCUGAUGUCUCCGGGUCCUAUACUUGACUCCGACCUGUUCCUCAUCUAGCACCUCAACUCGAUUCUCCCAAUCUACCUCAACCCAUCCUCUCUCCCGCAAACCGCCGGCUUGCCCGUCUCCGCAACCAUGGCGGCAGGCCUCAAGACUAUCAUCGCGCUCUCAUUCGUCCUCGCCAUUGGCUUCCUCCUAGUCAUCCUCUCCUCUGCACUAUGGCACAACUUCCUACCGCUUAUCGUCGUCGCAACCUACGUUGUCGCGCCGCUGCCUAACUGGAUCUGCGCUCGAUGCGCCAACCCAGAUGACUUUAUGGAAAGUGCCGGCAAUGCUGUAAUUGACUUUGGACGCUUCCUCACGGGUUUCCUCGUGUUGAUGGGCAUUGCUCUCCCAGCAGUCCUCGCCCACAGCGGCGCCAUCGAGAUCCCUGCUAUGGUCAUGUCCAUCCUCGGCGGUCUCCUCAUCUACGGCACGAUCAUCAGCUUCUCCAUGUUCUUCAAGGAACAGGAGGAGUUCUGA